AUAUGGCUACCAUUAAUAAAAUAUUGUUAAUAUAUAUUAAUAUAUAUUGUUAAUAUGUGUUUUAGACCUAGCUAGUUAGCUAGGUUAAAUAUCGCUAGCUAGUUACGAACUUUCUGCAAUUGACAUUAGCUCACCAGCGGUAGUGUAAGCUACUUUUAGAGUAAAUGUAGCUUGUAGCUACGAGUUAUGUGCUUGUGCAAUCCGAAAAAUAUGUUAUAAGUUAUAACAAAUUAAAAUGCAUGGUAGCUUUCUAGUUAGCUACAUUUAGCUAGCUACAAGUGGCUGGCUAGCCAGUUGCAGAUGGGAUGUCUAAAAUGCCUGCAGUUUUGAGCUAGCUAACCUUAAAUACAAACAGCAAGGAAAAAGGUAGCUUAGCCUUUAUUUAUAAAAAUAGCUAUAUAGGCUUGGAUUCUGCUCAAGAUUUAUUAUAAUGUGGCUACCAUCGAUUCUUCUUGUUCAGAUGUAUUUUUGAGCUAGCUUGCUAUUGAACGUUCUGCUGUUGACAUGAGCUCCCCAUAGAAGUUAGCUACUGAAAGUACAUGUUUGUGAAAUUGGUGGAAUAUGUUAAAAUAUAGGACAAGUUGAACAAUAUAGAACGUAAGAUGUUUUGGAACGUAAGAUUAGGGUAACGUUAAACAUACCGUGGUGAUGAGACACGUGGUAGUUAGCUAUAUUUAGCUAGCUAGCUGCAGACGUUAGGGACACCAUGGAUGGAAAAUGUGGAUCGGCAUCGAUUUUGAGCUAAACUUGAUUUGCAAGGAAAAGGUAAGACAUAGAUAAGGUAAUAAAAAAAGCCAUACAGAUAUACAUAUAUGGAUAUGAGGUUGUUUUUUCGUUAAGUAUGGUGCCCAAGAUUUUGUAAUAUGCGUACCAUUAGCUAAUGUUACUAGCUACAAGUUAGGUUAAUAACAUUACCAGCUAGCUAGCUUGCGAGCAAACAUCUGCAGAUAUGAGGUCACGUUAGCUGUUAAGCUAAAUUACAAAUACUGCAUGUGUUUGUGCAAUCCGUGAAAUAUGAUCAAAUAUGGGAGAAUUCAAGUCAAUAAACUAAUAUAUUUUUUUCCUGGUAAACUUAAGAACGCAUCUGACUAGACGCAUGGUUACAUUCAUUAGGUGGCUGCCUAUUUCUGGUUGCAUAGCCUUGGUAAGCCCUUAGCUAAUUAACUAGUGAAUAUGAUAGCUAUCACAGUUUACUUCAAUAUAUAGCUAAUUUUAUAUUACACAGUAAACUGAUGUUAAAUGGGGAUAUAAUACUCAAACGUGGGGUUUUGUGUUCAGGGUAAGAUGUCAGGCUAGCUAAGAACGGUCAUACACAUGUGGUCUGAAUACUGGGAACUUAGCUAACGUUAGCCAAAGCUUUGUAAUUUGAUUUCGAUUACUUGGGUUAAAACCUGUUAGCUGUAUUAAGUGGACGCAUGCUAAUUAUUGCCUAAGGUUAUGUUCACCUUAGCCUAUAUGCGUCUGUAUACAGUGAACUGAACUUGCCAUAUUAUGUGUCUUCUCAGCUUCAAAAUUUUACGAUUUUAAAUCGUGUUGCUUAGCCAAUACGGAAAUAGUCGUCACGCAAAAGUACUGUAAUUGAUAUGGAAUAUGCACAUUAAUCUAGAUUAGAGGUAGUUCUAUAAACAUGUGUUAUGAGUAAUUAUGAUCUUGGAUUUGCUAAUAUUGCGUCGGUGAUUCAGUCAAGACAUAGCUAGUGAUAUGUUGCUCCAUUUUUUACGAGAACCGUCAUACCAAAGUUUUAGUGUUUUCAUUGGUGUUAUAAGUAUCUCCUCAGUUAUUACGAAUUUUAGUGAAUAUUUUGUCAAUCAAUUAAAUUUCCACGGCAUUAAAAUAUAGGUUGUUUUCCUCCAAUACAAACUGUUUAUGGGAUUUCAAAAGACUGAAAGCAAUGUUUUUCAUGGUAUAGAAUGUCGCGAAGAAUCACUCCUCAGAACGAUGCCAUCUAUCAUGUCACAAUUUCAAGUGACAAAAAGCAGCUAGAAAUGAGAUACAUCAACCCCAGUAAAGGACGGGGUGUAUUUGCCCUUGCUCCGUUUUCAAAAGGGGAUUUUGUGGUGGAGUACAAAGGGCAGUUAAUUGAUCCUGCUGAAGCUCAGAGGAGAAGGAGAAUUUAUCACAGUUCCUGCACUGUUUUUAUGUAUGACUUUUUAUGGCAUGGGAAAACUUGGUGCAUUGACGCAAGUUUGGAGGAUGGAUCCCUGGGAAGGCUCAUAAAUGAUGACUGUAAAAGUCCUAAUUGUAAAAUAAAACGAAUCAUCGUUGACGGAAAGCCACAUCUUUGCAUAUUUGCCCUCAAAAACAUCAGCACUGGGGAAGAAAUUACCUACAAUUAUGGAAACAAUGAUUGGCCUUGGAGAGAAAAGGUUACUGCUGUGGCCAGACAUACUGGAACAGACACUGUGGACACUGGAAUGGCCUCUAGCUCAAGUUCACAUCUGAUUGACCAGGUCACUGCUGUGGCCAUCCCUACUGGAACAGACACUGUAGACACUGAAAUGGCCUCCAGCUGUAGCCCACCAUUGAUUGACCAGAUAACUGGUGAGGCUACGCUUGUUGCUGAUAUGUUGGAUGUAGAUGAGAUCUGUGACUCUGGCGCAGUUCUACAUGGCAAGCUGAAGGACGCCGUGACUUCAUGUGAAGCUAAGAACAAGGUGUCAUCCUGUGAUUUACAGGGGGCACCUGAUUCUGCACUGGCUGAAGAGAAACCAGACUCUGAAGAUGAGAGAGAAUCUUCAGAUGAUUCAAGGGAAGAGAGCAGAAACAGUGGAUCAGAUUCCACAAUUGACGGCAGAACAAUAGUCUCUAAGAUUCGUCAUCAGAGAAAUUCAGAUGUGCCAGUUCUGAGGAGAACUAAAAGUCUACUGUUAAAUGAGAGAAUUCUUGCUGAAUCUGACUUCUCUGAAUACUAUGACUCAAGCGCAGACAGCGAGGAAAAUUACAUCCCAGACUCCUGUGAAGAAAGUAGUAACAGUGACGAAACCGUACUCAUUGAACUACCACCAAAGACCCCUGUUAAUGCUGAACAACAUGAUUCAGUACAGCAGCAAGAGAGUCCCCCCUUACCGGACAGUACUACUACUGAAGACAAAGAGAGAGAUACUGUGUCCAUUAAAGCCAUAAAAAAGAAAGAGGAUGGGUCAAGGGGAUACAUGAAGAAACAGUUUUGCCUGUUCUGCGAAAAGUCUGUCUCUAAGAUAGCCAGACAUCUUGAGCAAGUCCACAGUAAUGAGCCUGAGGUUGCAAAGGCAUUGGUCUUUCCAAAGGGCUCCAAAGGAAGAAAAAUACAUUUGGAGCUUCUUCGUAAUAAGGGCAACUUUGCUCACAAUGUAUCUGUAAUAAAGACGGGCAGUGGAGAGCUAGUCCCGGGCAAACAACCACAAAAAGAUGCACAUGGCAAAGACUUCAUGCAUUGUGCGUACUGCCAGGGGCUUUUUUCCAAGAAGUACAUGUGGCGACAUGCACAGAAUUGUCAUCUGAAACCAAAAGAGGACAAACCCAAACCUGGUAAAAACCGUAUCCAAGCCCUCUUUGCUUUUGCUGAACCUAUACCCUCUGGUGUCAGCCAAGGUCUAUGGAAGCUUAUUUGUUGCAUGAAUACAGAUAAGAUUUCUUUGGCAAUAAAAAGUGAUAGAUGCAUCAUUCAUUUUGGAGAGCACCUCUAUAACCGGCAUGGGUCAGAUGCAGGGAAACACGAGUACAUCCGUCAGAAAUUAAGAGAACUUGGACGACUCUUAAUAAAUGCCAGUGAAAAUACUCCCCUGAAGAGUAUUGAGGAUUUGGUCAUGCCAGCAAAUUUUUUGCAUACAGUAAAGGCAGUGCAACACACAGCUGGAUAUGACAGUGAAACUAGUUCAUUUAGAACUCCAUCACUUGCAUUAAAACUGGGACAUAGCUUGCAGAAGAUCUCUCGUCUGGUAGAGUGUCAGGCAAUGAUCGAAGGAAAGGUCGACAUUGCCAAAAAUGCAUCUAGCUUCAGACAGAUCUAUGACACAAGAUGGAAUGAGAUAAUCUCAGCAUCAGCUUUAAAGUCACUGCGAGAAUCAAAGUGGAAUAUGCCCCAGCUCUUGCCUUUCACUGAAGAUGUAAGAACACUGCACUCCUAUCUAGAUGAAAAGCAGCAGGAGUACUACGGUGCUUUGUCAGCUGAGCCCAGUACAAAGAGCUGGUCAAACCUUGUGCGAGUGACUCUUGCACAAAUCAUCUUAUUUAAUCGACGUAGGGAAGGCGAGGUCUCAAAAAUGCCAGUGACUGCUUUUACCUCCAGAGAUCAAUCAGGCCCUCAUGAAGACAUUGAUUUAGCACUUUCGGAAUUGGAACAGAAAGUGUGCCGCCAUUUCACAAGAUUAGAAAUAAGAGGCAAAAGAGGACGCAAGGUUCCAGUUUUGCUUACUCCUCAAAUACAGAAGGCUCUCGAACUAAUGGUUGAAAAAAGAGAUGCAAAUGGAGUGCCGAGUGAGAAUGGCUACAUGUUUGCUCGGCCAUCUGCUUUGAGCCAUUACAGAGGCUCUGAUUGCAUUCGUCAACUAGUUCAUGCUUGUGGUCUAAAAAAUCCAAGCACCCUGACUUCCACAAAGUUGCGAAAACAUGUUGCUACUGUAUCCAAAGUUCUCAAUCUGAACGACACCGAAUUGGACCAGUUAGCAGAUUUUUUAGGUCAUGAUAUUCGUGUGCAUAGGCAAUAUUACCGUCUUCCGGAAGGCACUCUUCAACUUGCAAAAAUCAGUAAAAUUCUGAUGGCUCUCGAGCAAGGCCGAUUGGCAGAAUUCAAAGGGAAAAACUUGGACCAGAUCCACAUUGAUCCAGAAGAACAAAUACAGGUACAGAGUGAUAUGUCAGCUGAUGAGGAAGAAUGCGAGUCCCCCGAAACGGAAGUAACAGCAUCUCAGGACCAGACUACAGGGUGUCUUCUGCAAACAGCGGAACAGUCUCAACGCCAAGCAGAAAAGGGGAGAGAAGUGAGGCCCCCUUCUAAAGGUAAAGAAGUGCAGAAGAAAAGGAAGAGCUGGGUCAGAUCGGAAGUCCACGCUGUGGAAAAACACUUGAUGCACUUCAUCCAAACAUAUCGGGUCCCAGGAAAGGAUGCAUGCGAGGCUUGCAUCAAGGCUGAGCCACUAUCUCUUAAGGAUAGAAAUUGGCUAGCUGUUAAAUUCUACAUUAAAAACCGCAUAACAGCAUUACAGAGAAAAGAUUAAAUCCUAAGACACCAAAGUCGGUGCAUUUAUUUUGAACAUUGAAUGUUUGAGAAGGUAACAAGUUCAACGUGUUGCGUGCUAUGACAUUGUCUUUAUCAAUUUUGAGUUACAUUUAACAAUUGGUUGGUUUCUAUCCUGAAGAGCUAGUGUUAAGUGUAACAUUGGUUUAAUGUUGGUACAUUAAGUACAUUCAUUUGAGAUCUCCAGAAACAGAGAGGGGAUAUUUGAGAAUGUACACAUUUUGUUUCAGUCCUGUUACAUGCACUGCUCCUUUUCAGAAAUGCUACAUGUACUAGCAUUUACAUGUUCUACAUGUGUAAUGUACCUUUGGGUUACACUUGUUAAUGUUCCUUUUGGGGGGAAAUAAAUAAAUUAUUUCCAGA